CACCAUGUUGAUUUAGGCGCGUCGUGGCACCCUUAUCAAGAGCCUUGCCCCAUCGACAUUCAACAUCCGAAUGAUGCGACCUGCUGACAAUUCCAUAAUGUUCAUCAUCACUCUCCCGGACAACUUGACGGUUCAACUCCAGGAGAUCACCGAUAUUAUUAUGGAUGCAUCAGAUGGCAUAGGCCACGAAGCUAUCAAUCCGAUCCGUGUAACGACGCAAUAUGGCUUCCACCACGAGCGAGGAGAGCCCUCUUCUGGCACGCCGUUCAUCCCUAACAUCGACUUCCACUUCGAAAACAGUAUACGGCAGCGAUGAAGAAUCCGAGCGGACCAUUGCCCCAGGAGAAAUCACUCGCUCUAUUGAAGACGAUGUUCUCCCCGAGACAUCGAUACUGGGAAGAAACAUUACCUGGCCCAGCGCCUAUAUACUGGUUAUUUCGCGCGUCAUCGGGAGCGGCAUCUUCGCAACGCCAGGUGCGAUAGUGCAGGCCGUCGGCAGCGUCGGAUUGAGCCUGACCCUUUGGAUUGCCGGCGCGGUUAUCGCAGCUUGCGGACUGGCGGUUUCCCUCGAGUACGGGUGUAUGCUUCCCCGGUCUGGCGGCGAGAAAGUAUAUCUGGAGUUCACAUACCGAAAGCCGAGGUUUCUUGCUUCGACAAUCAUUGCAGUGCAAGCUGUAUUGUUGGGGUUUACGGCAAGCAAUUGCAUUGUGUUCGCGCAGUAUACGCUCUUUGCUUUCGAUAUUGAAGGAACCGACUUCGUUCGGAAGGCACUUGCCAUUGGGCUCCUGACUGCGAUCACCAUCGUCCAUGGAUGUUUUCUAAAGACGGGUAUAUGGAUUCAGAAUCUGCUCGGCUGGAUCAAGAUUGCACUUGUGAUCUUCAUGAUUUUCGCAGGGACCUAUGUGGUUAUAUGGCCUAGGAACAACGAAAACGGCAUUCCAAACAGCCACUUCCCAACCCAUGACGAUAUUUGGAAAGACUCAGAUUGGAGCUGGGGUGUUAUAUCGACAUCACUGUUCAAAGUCUUCUACUCAUACGCCGGACUGAAUAACAUCAACAACGUGCUCAACGAGGUCCAGAAUCCGGUCCGAACUCUCAAAUCCGUUUCCGUUACUGCACUGGUAACCGCCUGCAUUUUGUACGUCUUGGUUAACAUUGCUUACUUUAUCGUCGUGCCGCUGGAAGAAAUCAAGGGCAGUGGAGAAUUGAUCGCGGCCCUUUUCUUCGAGCGCAGCUUUGGCCCGCAACUCGGAAAGAAAAUCUUACCGCUUGCUGUGGCACUUUCAGGCGCCGGGAAUGUCAUGGUAGUGACCUUCGCGUUGGCGAGGCUCAACCAAGAAAUAGCGCGGCAGGGAUUUUUACCCUUCUCCAGGAUUCUGGCAUCUUCGCGACCUUUUCAUGCUCCCCUGGGCGGCUUGAUCGUGCACUAUAUACCAUCACUCUUGGUGAUAGCGCUUCCACCCUCCAGUGAUGUUUAUUCUUUUAUUCUGGAGGUUGAAGGCUAUCCAGGACAGGUAUUGGCCUUAGCCAUAUCAGCGGGCCUGCUAUGGUUGAGAUACAAACGCCCCGAUCUAAAACGGCCAUUCAAGGCUUGGAUAGGAGCAGUGCUAUUUAGGAUUGUUUUGAGCUUAGCACUACUGGCAGCGCCAUUCUUCCCACCGAAAGAUGGAGGAAAACCCGGCGGCAUCUGGUAUGCUACUUAUGCGGUAGUCGGUCUCAGCAUACUCUUGUUCGGAGUUCUUUACUGGUAUAUUUGGACCCAGUUAUUACCGAGAUGGAGAGGUUACACACUGGAAGAGGAAGAAGAAGUUCUGGAUGAUGAUGGCUCACCACCGCACCCCACGUACGUUGAUCGUCCCGAGACUUUUGACCGUCCCUUCGAACAGCAUCCCGUAACGGUACGCGAUGUGCGGGGCAGAGAGCACGAAUUCACCCUCGAUGGCAACGGCUUCCAGUUCCAUAAGCACAAGAGCGAAGAGAAGGACUUCGUCGACGACGAAAAGAUCAAGGCGCGGUACUAUCCCGAGAUAGAGCAGUUGUUGAAAGAAGUAACCGGGGCAACCAAAGUCUUCAUCUUCGACCAUACGAUCCGUCGCCAGGCGCCCUCCGCGGGGGGAGACCCAUCCAGGACGAUCCGUGGUCCCGUGCAGCGCGUCCACAUCGACCAGUCCUAUGCCGCGGCACUGUCUCGCGUGCCGCACCAUCUCCCUGAAGAGGCGGAAAGGCUGCUUCAGGGACGAGUGCAAAUCAUCAACGUCUGGCGACCGAUUAAGACGGUCCAGCGGGAUCCCUUGGCUGUCGCGGAGGCAAGCAGCGUUGAUGAUGGGAGUCUUGUGGUUACGGAGUUGAUCUAUCCGAACCGUAGGGGAGAGACGUAUGCUGUGAAGUACGAUCCUAAGCAUCGGUGGUACUACAAGAGCGGUUUGACUCCAGAGGAAGUUCUGCUCAUAAAGUGCUUCGAUUCCAAACUUGAUGGCAGGGCGAGAAGAGUCCCCCACACGGCCUUCCAUGUUCCGGGUACCGAGGACAAGGAAGGAAGGGAAAGCAUUGAGGUUCGGACUUUGGUGUUCCACGAGAACGACACUUUGGAGUAG